AGACAGGAUGAGUAGGAAGAUCUGUAAGCUGUCAGAUUCAGUGUUUCUCUACAGAAGCUUUGACACUUCGCAUCAUUACACCUGGGAAAACCGAGGGACAGCCCACAAAAGCAGGUUGGCUGUGAUGAUGGAUUUUUUUCGGGGAGUUGAUGAGAAACCUCUAAGUGUCCUUGCCUUUGGUCCCCUACAGGCAAUUUAACAGCACAGAAGUAGCUCUUCGUCAGGAAACUGUGACAGACAAGGGGGUGACGGCAAAAUAGCAGGAGAAAGAGAGUAAAAAAGUGAAGGUGAAAGACUGAACCAAGGAUUUAAAGAUAUAUAACUUUUACAAUAGCUCACAAUAUCAACGUUUUUGAGGAUCCUUUACUCUCCUCGGUUUCCAGAAGACGACUUACUCGAUCAAAUCGCAACAUUUGCACCUAAUUUCAUCCGAGAUAUCAGAAGAUAUAAUAAAUAAGACAAUGCUGCCCAGCUCUGGGUUGCCGAUGCUAAUACUAGCUCCACUUCUGCUGAUCGGCCCUCUAGUGGUGAGGGGACAAAAUGACACGGAACCCAUAGUAUUGGAAGGUAAAUGCCUGGUGGUCUGUGACUCCACACCCUCCUCAGAACCAGCAGGUAAUGCUCUGGGAAUGUCUGUGCGCUCAGGUACCGGCCGUGUGGCCUUCUCCGCCACAAGGCAAACCAACCAUGAGCCCACAGACAUGAGCAAUCGCACCAUGAUCAUCUAUUUUGACCAGAUCCUGGUGAACGUUGGCGGUCAUUUUGACCAAGAGAGCAGUAUCUUCCUUGCUCCGAGACGAGGGGUGUACAGCUUCAACUUCCAUGUGGUAAAGGCAUACAACAGGCAAACUAUACAGGUGAGUUUGAUGUUGAAUGGAUGGCCGAUGAUCUCAGCCUUUGCUGGCGACCAGGAUGUGACACGAGAAGCAGCCACAAAUGCUGGGCUUGUGAUCAUGGAAAGAGGGGACAAGGCUUACCUCAAGCUGGAAAGGGGCAACCUAAUGGGAGGCUGGAAGUACUCUACUUUUUCAGGCUUCCUGGUCUUCCCUUUAUAAAGAUGACCAUGUGAACAGCUGGGAGAUGAGGAGGAGAGAGGGUGACAUGUUCUCUCCAGAUUUAUUUUAAGAAAAUGGAAGCCACAGAAAAGGUUAUAUUUGCUCUUCCUCUUUUUUAACAGGUGGCGGAGCAGAGAAAAUGCAGAAAAUUAGAUGUGAAAUAUUAUAAUUAAAUAUUAUUUAUAUUUUAUUAUUUAAAAAUAUGAUUAAAUGUUAUUGAGAACAAGAUUUGAAAAAAUGUGAUUUGAAAAUCACUAAAAUGAGUUUGAUUGUGUUUUUUUGUAAUGUAUUUCAGAUAAUAUGCUAAUGUGUAUGGUUAAAUUGAAAAAUGGCAUUGGGGAAAAUACAAAGAGACUGUACUAAUAAUAUAGAGUAUUUAAAAUUAUGUAUUUAAGAGGUUUUUUUAAACAAAAUUCAAUUUUUGAAAUCACUUUUAAUUUAAAUAUGUGACCCUGGACCCUAAAACCAGUCUUAAGUAGCUUGGGUAUAUUUGUAGCAAUAGCCAAAAAUACAUUGUAUGGGUCGAAAUUAUCGAUUUUUCUUUUAUGCCAAAAAUCAUUAGAAUGUUAAGUAAAGAAAAAAUGUUCCAUGAAGAUAUUUUGUAAAUUUCCUACUGUUAAAUAUAAUAUACCAAAACUUAAUGUUUGAUUAGUAAUAUGCAUUGCUAAGAAUUUAAUUUGAAGAAAUUUAAAGGGGGUUUUUCCGAUAUUUAGAUUUUUUGCUCAGCCAAAUAUUGUCAUAUCCUAACAUACAUCAAUGGAAAGCUAAUUUUUUCAACUUUCAGAUUAUGUAUAAAUCUCAGUUUCAAAAAUUGACCCUUAUGACUGGUUUUGUGGUCAAGGGUCAAAUAUAGCAUAUCAAUUUGAUGUGAGGUUCUGUUUCUCAUAUGUUUGCCUGCUUAUGGAGCUGUGUGUGUAUAUUAUAAAGCUUUGUAAAAAUAAAUCUCAUUAAAUGGAA